CCAUUUGAAAAAUUCAAAAGUCACAGUCUUAUGUUUAGCCAACACGUUCUGGCUUAAAUUUCUGUUAGUGUUUUGUUCAUCCUUCAUUUUUCAUGUUCAACGGUCAGACAAGUGACAACUGAGUGAUGGUCCAUCCAGACUUUCCUUUUUCCAACCACUGACUCCACAGAAGGCACAGAAGGAACUUGUUCCAAGAAACAAACAAGGCUUGAAGGAGCUUUCUUUUCAUUUGAUCCAUGUUCCUAUCCCAGGGAACAAGCCGAAAGUAAUGCCUAGAUUCCGUGAGUGUCGCAACAUUUGACAGACAGCAUGGAGGACACGCUUGAUCUUCAGAAAGCCAUCCAGCGAUAUAUCAGGUCGCCGAAUUUGACCAAAGUUGAGAUUCUAAUACAUUUCAAUGCAUCACAUUGGAGCCGAAUCUGGCGAAAUGCUGAUAAUUGGGACACAGUGAAGGUGUUGAUAUCAGUUGUGAAGAAGAUCGUAAAGCUUCAUGGAUUCUUCCCGGAGAUAUCUCGUGACCUAAUCGCCAAAAUUAUCAAUGACAAAUUUGUAGUCGAGAUCAAGGACGCUUUGAACGGAGCCGUGGAUCGGACAGAAUUGAAAGACGUAUUGGAUACAUUACGAGAUGUCGAUGCAAGUGUUGGGCUGGACGACGACACACUUAAAGCUUUGAUGAGGACUGCAGAUGCUAGCUAUGGUCGAGCCGAGAAAACUCCCAAACCUGAGCGCAUCUUUCCUGCUGAUUUUUUAGAAGACACCAUGAAAGAAUUGAAAGCGAACAAAAAAGUCGGCGCUUUUAAGAGUAAAGAAGACUAUGUCAGCAUUCAUCGAGAGCUUCUCAGGCAAGAUUAUCUGAUACCUCUAAAACAAUAUUUGGAUCAGAUGGGAAACAAUCGUUCUACCGCCUGUGCCGACUACGAUCUAGCUUCCAUUGAAAGCUUAGAGAUUCCUGCUCGAAAAUUACUCCUCAAGCUGAAUGUUCCAAAAUUGACGGAGCAACUUCGAAACAAAACAUCAAAAAAGCGCCUCGAAGAAGGGUCAUUGAUUUUUCUGAUACCGGCUGAUGCUUGUCAAAGUCGUCCGUUGUUUGGACUAGUUUGUUUUCCUGCAACGGAGCUUAUCCGAGGCAAGUUAUAUGUGAGCGUGACUUUACUGAAUCCUGAUGACUGGACCAAGAUCAAUCUCAAUAAGAAGUACAAGUUCUUCGAGUACCUGAAACAUUAUGAAACUCACAUUCACCCUAUUCUGUGUUUAGACAAACCAGUGAAUGACCAGUUCGAUGCUACUUUAGUUCACUGUAUUAACAAUGACCAAGGCAUAAGUUGUGAAAGUGGAAGUGACAAUGCGGUAACCAUAAAUGCUUUGCUGAAAAGUGAAACCAAUUCACCUGAGAUCCAAAUCCAUCAUGCUAAAGACUUAGUUAACCAUCUCCAAGAAGCAAGCCCUAUCAACAAGGAAGAUCCACGGCAAUUGAGCAUGGUCGAAUUUCUCGAAUCCUCGUCAAACGCAGAGAACUUCAAAUUGAAUGAUAUUCAAUUGCAAGGAAUUAAAUUUGUCCUCAACAAUAAAUUGUCGCUAAUCCAAGGUGGUCCUGGAACAGGUAAAAGUUUCAUGGGAAAGACUUUGGUCCAUUUCUUCUUGCAAAACGCCUCCUUUUGGUCCAACAGUCCAUCUAAAACCCCGAUUAUUAUCAUGAGCUAUACCAAUCGUGCGUUGGAUUCAUUCCUCGAGGAUGUCUUGCCUUUCACACAAAAAGUGAUCCGAUUAGGAAGUCAAUUCAAGUCCAGUCAAUUGGAACAAUACUCGUUGAAUGAGAUUCUUGCCGUGACGAGAAAUUCCAGGCAUCCGAAUUUCAUCUUUGUCGAAAAGGAUUUGAUAUCGCAAUUGUCGGAUUUAAAGGCCAAGCUGCAAAACGAAAUCGAAAUGCUAAAUAACAGUUUAAACAUCUUAAACUUUUCCGAUGAAAGAUAUGUGCGAAAGAAUGGAAUCCUGUUAGUCCCAGGUAUGAAAAUUAACUGGAAAAAUGACGAAAUACGUAAAUGGAUGAACGGUGAUACAUCGGAUGAAAUGGUUAUCGAUCAACCCCAUUGGGAAAUACCCAUUUCAGAAAGAAUGCCUCUUGUAUUCUCUGCUCAAACCUUAUUUCAAGCCGGAAUCCAGGAAGAAGUGGCCAAUCAAACAAAACUCAUCUUAAGUCUUAAACGCAAAAUAGAGGAAAUCCAAACUUUGGAAAGUAUUGAGGUUCUGAAGAAAGCAGACGUGAUUGGGGUCACCGUGAUUGGAGCAAUAAAGUUCAAGAAGAUGUUGGAGUUCAUUAACAACCGAAUCGUCGUCAUUGAAGAGGCUGGCCAGAUCCUGGAAUCACAAGUUUUGGCAGCCUUGCCCUCGUCUUGUACACAAUUGGUGAUGAUUGGUGAUCAUCAACAACUGAAACCAAUCACCACCACUUAUGAGCUGACCAAGAAAUACAGCAUGAACGUUUCCAUGUUUGAGCGGCUCAUCAACAAUAAGAUUCCGUUCGUGGAAUUGCAGGAGCAAUGUCGAAUGCGAUCUGAAAUUUCCAACCUUGUUUCCAACAUUUUCUAUUCAAAUGUGAGAGAUCACCGAAGUUGUCAUACCUUACCCGAUGUGAAGGGCGUUUCCUCAAAUUUGUUGUUCUUCUCCCACCAAGAACGAGAAUCCGAGGACCCGAAUGCCGUCACAAGCAAAUCUAACGAAUACGAAGCUGCCUUUGCAUUAGGCAUCGCUUCCUACCUCUGCAGUUUUCACGAUCCAACCCAAAUCACUGUCCUCUCUACGUACACGGGCCAAUUUGAAGUUUUGAAUCAUCUAGUGAACGUGCGAUUUCCCAAAUGUCGUGAUAUCAAAUUGGCUGUGGUAGACAAUUACCAAGGUCAGGAGAACGACAUCGUCAUUUUGUCAUUGGUCCGGGGUGGUGCGGAAUCGAUUGGAUUUCUCAAGGAAUCCAACCGAGUGUGUGUAGCGUUAACCCGAGCUCGAUUGGGUCUCUUUGUCAUUGGACAUGUCGAUAGUUUGACCCAGAAAUCCCCGCUCUGGCGUCGAGUGGUCGACCAUUUUCGAGGUGAAAAUCGCCUGGUCAGCAAAUUCCCAUUGGUCUGUCCUAGCCAUAAAUCUUCCAAAAUAGAAAUGACCGAUGUGGAGCAAUUUGAAAGGGCUACCAAAAACCACUGGUGCCAAGAAAAAUGCGCAAUGGAAUUACUGUGCUCUCACAUUUGUCCCGAGGUUUGUCAUUUGGAGGAUAAGAGUCACAAAUCUCGGUUUUCCUGCCAAUCACCGUGUUUAAAACAUUGCUCCGAAGGGCAUCUUUGCCUCAAGCCUUGUUCAGCCACUUGCUUUCCUUGUCAAGAACAAGAGAGUGUGCGAUUCGAACCUUGCGGUCAUGUGGCUCUGGCUCCAUGUGCCUCUUUGCGACUUCCUCGAACUUGCUCAGUUGAAACGAAGAUAGUCUUGCCUUGUGGACAUGAAAAUAACGGCAAAUGUGGCGAUCACGAGCGUAUUUGCGACGCUGCUUGUGAAAUUGAACUCCCGUGUGGUCAUCUCUGUCAAAGAACAUGCCAUUUGAGUACCGAUCCCCAAGAUCAUACAAGGCAAUGUCAGGAACCAUGUGCUAUGCUCAAGAAGGAUUGUCAGGCACAUCAUCCUUGUGAAAAAGCGUGUUUUCAAACUUGCGAACCGUGUGACGUCCCUGUAUCCAUCGAUCUUCCAUGCGGUCAUCCAAAUUCGGAUCUUGUAUGUUCUACGAAUCUUGACGAGUUCGAUUGCAUGUCCAAGUGCAAUCGGAUGCUGAUAUGUGGCCAUCAUUGUCGACAAUUUUGCUACGAGUGCAGGAAUGGUUGUGGUCCCUGUCCAAGUGCGAGAAUCGUGCAUUUAGCCUGUGGACAUUCUGAGAAAGUAAGCUGUUCCCAACUGAAAUCCCAUAAAUGCUCUCAACCUUGUAGCCGAAUUAUGCCCUGUGGACAUCCUUGCCCUUUACAGUGUGGGGAUAUUUGUUCUCAAGCUCAAUGCCAAGUAGUCGUCUCAAGUUCUACGAGCUUAAACCUGAAAAUUGCUGCAUGUUCACAUUCAACAAAGACUCCGUGUUAUCUUUUGAACUCGACCACUCCUAAAUUUGGUGGCGAUGCCCAAACAUUAUUGCCUUGUUUGGAAAUUUGCUCCGAAGUUUUGGAUUGUGGGCACACUUGCCUUUGGAAAUGUGAGGACUGCUCUGGCGGAAAGCUUCAUUUUCCAUGUUUGGACCGAUGUUCUAGGUCUCUGAUCUGCGGCCAUAUCUGCGAAUCUACUUGUGGCGUGCCUUGUCCUCCUUGUAGGAAAAAAUGUGAGAUUCGUUGCGCUCACCAAGCUUGCCGGUCCAAAUGUGGAGACCCCUGUUCCAAUUUUUGUAAGGUGAAAUGCGAGGCACAUUGUGCUCACGGCCAAUGCAAAAAGAAGUGCUCUGCGAUUGAUGGGCACCUCAUUUGCAAUGAACAAUGUCAGAAAAGAAUGAAAUGUGGUCAUUUCUGCUCGGGAUUUUGUAGGGAAGAAUGCCCAAAAGAGUGUCUGCAAUGCCAAUCCGGACAAAUUCAAAAGUUGUGCGUUCUACCGUGUGGACACACAAUUUGUGUGGAUCGUAUAUCAAGUGAAGGAGAAAUAGUGACACUCCCAAAAUGUGAGAUUUGCUCAAGGGUGAUCGGUCACCACCACAGAUUUCAACCAAUAUUGGCUUAUUGGAAGAAUCGAAUCUGCAAUGCUAUGGACAGGAUAUUUCAAUUCAAUACAAGUGCAUCAAAACUCAAAACCUUGGCGGAAGAAACCGUGGCCACCAUCGAUGAUAAAGAGAUUCGAGCCAAUGUGGAAAAACGCUUGAAGAAUCCCAAGAACCCCUGGACAGCCAUCGACUUGACCGUUUUAGUUUACAAGCUCAAAGUCUUGAACGAAUGCCCAAAUUCUGAAGCCGCUUUCCGCAAGGAAACUGCCAAAAAACUAAUGAAAUUCGGAGCCUGUCGGGAAGAGUUCUUUCUUCGACUGCUAGAUUAUUUGCAUCAAUUUAACAUAUCUACGGACGUUUGCCUGAACGUCCAGUUUUUUUCGUUUGAAAACGGUGCUUGGCUCGUGAGGAAAGACGGAGAAACAAUUGAAGUCGACUACUCUGUUCCCAAAUAAGAUAUUUAUGAAACUCU